UGUGGAUGAGCUUGAUGCGGUUGUCAACGACAAGGUCGUGCUUGUGAGAACCAGCCUCGUGUCUCGCGCAGGAUAUCGUGAGCAUGCUCGGUCUCCCAGCUUCAGUUGCCCGCCGCAGCUCUGUCUACGUCGGGGUCGACGUCACUGAAGGCAGCCGCCGCAAGGAGAAGGACGUGCUCCUCAACCGGGCAACGCGUCGUCAGCACAUGACAUGGUGAAGCGCAUGCGGAAGCUCAAGCGUUUCGGCAAGGUCGUCACUGGCCACAAGGCCAAGUCCAUCGGUGCAGUCAUCCGCGCUGGUGCCAUGGCCGAGGCCACCUACGGCAGCGAGGUCGUCGGCCUCAGCGACGCGGAGUGGCUCCAGUGCCGUCGGGACGUGGCGCGAGGGCAGCUCCCUGUGCAUGGUGGUGUGAGCCUCACCAGCAAAACAGUGCUGCUUGGCGAUGGGGCGGGAGCGUCAGCCAUCGCGCCUGCGAUCCUGUGGUGGACGAUGCUUUGGCGGGCUGAGGUAUACGACCACCCGCUGGUCACUCGUGCGCGUCUGCUUCGGAUUUGGCGGGACGCCAAGCCCUGUGAGGCCAAGGGCUGGCCUUCCAGUCGCGGGCCGCUUUCUCGCGCUGUCCUCGCUGUGCGCCGUGCUGGGUGGAGCGUGCCCUCUGCGACUAGAUGGAUGAACCACAUGGGUUUCGCCAUAGAUGGCAGUCGCACGCCCCCUCGCAUGCUUUCUGUCCCCAUGUUAGCAGGAGUUCAGAGGCAACGCGAGUUUUCUUUAGCCACGCAGCUGGAAGUUCCACAAGGAUCCAGGGCCUCGCUCGACUUCGUUCCGUCCUCGGGGCUCGGUCGCGUCGGUUUUCUGGCCUCGCGAAAUUCUUGAGCGGGAGUUGCUCUUGCCGCGGAGUCUGGGCCAAGGCCCGUGCCCAUGCUGCUUUGCGACGGCCAGAGACAGGCUCGCAAACAUUGCCGGUACGAGUGCACUUUGCCUGAUGUAGUUUCCGCUCAUGCCGAGUCCAAGGU